UAGAAUUUUCUCUUUAAAUGGGGACACCAGCCCUGCUUUCCCAUCACCACAACUUUCACUAAAACUUUUAUCGCCAUGGAUCUUGAGAAAGUUUUUCACAUGAAAGGAGGGCUUGGAGACAACAGCUAUGCCAACAAUUCUUCACUUCAGAAAAAGGUUGCUGAUAUGGUUAAACACAUAACCCUGGAAGCCAUAGAAGAAAUGUUUACGGCAACAAGGCCGAAGAGCUUAGGCAUAGCUGAUCUGGGCUGUUCAUCCGGGCCCAACACGCUGUCGAACGUUAAAGAACUUGUGGAUGCUGUUGAAAACACCAAUCGGAAAAUCCAGCAGCCGAGGCCCGAAUUCCGGGUUUAUCUGAAUGAUCUCCCGACAAAUGAUUUCAACACUGUUUUCCAGGCCUUGCCCGAUUUUUACAGGGAGCUGAGGAAAGGGAGAAACGACGGGGGCCCGGCUGUAUAUAUCGCUGGUUGUCCAGGCACAUUCUAUGGCAGGCUCUUUCCGGACAAUAGCUUGAACUUUGUCUAUUCCUCCAACAGCCUGCACUGGCUGUCCAAGGUUCCUUCAGGGAUUUAUGACGAGCAGGGCGUGUCGAUAAACAAAAAGAGCAUAUACAUAUCUGAGAGGAGCCCGUCAGGGGUACCGGAAGCAUUCCUCAGACAGUUCCAGGAGGACUUGUCAUUUUUCCUGAAGUCGAGGUCUGAGGAGGUUGUCAGUGGAGGGAAGAUGGUGCUGCUGUUGUUGGGAAGGAGUGGCCCAUACCAUGUCGACAGGAACAGUUACAUCUACUGGGAAAUGCUCUAUCAGUCUUUAGCCACCCUUGUUAGUCAGGGUGAAAUAGAAGAGGAAAAGUUGGAGUGUUAUGAGGUGAACUUUUAUGCGCCAUCAAAAGAAGAGUUGGAAGAAGAAGUAAGAAAGGAGGGUUCUUUCAAAGUGGAGAUGAUUGACAAGUUUGAACAAGGGAUUGAUAUUGGUAGUGAUGGGGAUAAGUAUUCAAGCUACGGACAGGCAGUGGCCAAGACAGUGAGGUCCAUUCAAGAAUCAAUGAUUGCACACCACUUUGGAGAGGGUGUUUUGGACAAGCUGUUCCACCAAUAUGCUCGAUUGGCUGAUCAAGAAAUGGCCAAACAGGGACUUGCCUCCACCCACAUUGUUCUUGUUCUUACAAGACUGUGAGGGGGAGAUGACACGUGGUGCACUAUGGGGCUAGACCAUCUUAGCUUUUGUUUGGUUCAAUAAGAGAAAAUGGAAAG